AUGAGGAAGCAAGUGUCCUUUGACAGGGUCGGGAAGGCUAUCAAGUCCAACAAGAACAUCAAGAAUGCUCACCAUGACUUGCUGAUUCCUGUGAAGCGAAUUGAAACAGGAGAUCUAGAGUAUAUAGCCGCACAGUGCCGUUACGGAAAUCCCAAAACUGCAACGGAGUUGACUAAAACAUGCCAGAACAAAGCGUGGAAACCCAGGACCAGUGACCCGAGCUCGGAGGUUCCUGACACGAAUGUACUGUUGCAAAUUUGUUCCACAAGUGAAGGGAUGCAGAAGUUCCAGAAAACUACACCCUGGGCAAAGCGGCAAGAGGAGAAGAGAUAUUCACUGAUGAGCUGUAAAGCUAUCAUUGCGCAGCUUCACAUGCUCCGCAUCUUGUGA